AUGGAGCUGGAACACCUGGUCCAUGAGGUGCUGGAACAUCGCGUGGGCUUCAUGAAGUUCAAAGGGCAUAGUUCGGAACUGGUGGAGGCCAAAAGGAGUGGCAAAGGUGUUUCUUUCAUGCGAUUCUGUGAUGUCACAUUAAACACCACCUAUAUCGCAAACCUACUGACCGCUAUGCCUACCUUCAAUGCCUCCAGCUUCCAUCCCGGGCCUUACAUCCUGACUGGCAUCCCAGGUACGGAGGAGUCUCAUUUCUGGAUCGCCAUCUCCUUCUUUCUGAUGUAUGUUGCAGCACUUUUUGGGAACUUUCUCCUACUAUUCAUCAUACUAACAGAACAAAGUCUCCAUGAGCCCAUGUAUCUAUUCAUGUCCAUGCUGGCCGCUGCUGAUCUGCUGUUAUCUACCACAGCAGUGCCCAAGAUGCUGGCUGUACUCUGGUUUAGAGCAGGGGAAAUUUCUUUUGCUGCCUGCCUGACACAGAUGUUCUUCAUUCAUGUCAGUUUUAUGGCCGAGUCAACCAUCCUGCUGGCCAUGGCGUUUGAUCGGUACGUUGCCAUCUGUGACCCCCUGAGAUACACCAUGAUACUAACCAUGUCUGUGAUCAGGAAGAUGGGGCUGGUAGUUGUCACAAGAAGUUUCUGUAUCAUUUUCCCCAUCAUCUUUCUUGUGAAGCAGCUGAAUUUCUGCAGAACCAAUCUCCUGCCUCACAACUAUUGUGACUACAUGACCAUAGCCCGGCUGGCUUGUGACGACAUCACAGUCCACCUCUGGUAUGGCAGAGCCAUGGCUGUUUUAGUAAUUGGUUUGGAUGCUGUGCUCAUUGCUGUAUCUUAUGGGCUGAUCCUCAGGGCCGUUUUCCUGCUCCCCUCCACGGACGCCCGGCUCAAGGCUCUCCGCACCUGCAGCUCUCAACUCUGUGUCAUACUGAUGUUCUACCUCUCAUCCGUUUUCUCCUAUUAUGCACGCCAAUUUGGGCACAUCAUGCCAGGUUAUAUUGUCAACCUAUUGGCCAACCUCUAUGUGCUCAUUCCCCCCAUGUUAAACCCCAUUAUUUAUGGGAUGACAACAAAAGAGAUCCUGAAAUGGGUGAUCAAUGACUUUUAUCGAUGCUGGAGCAAAAGCUCGGUGCCGAGCUAA